CCCGGCCCCGCCGUGAGGGAGCGGCAAGAUGGCGCUGGGCUCCCGCCAGGGCUGCCUGUGGUGCGGCCGCGCCGCCCUGGGGCAGCCGAGGCGGCGGCGAGUCCCGGAGCGGGUGCCGCCGGCCGGGUGCUCGGCCCGGCCGUACUCGGAGGGCGGCGGUGAUGCCGAGGCAGCGGGCGGGGCGGAGCUGCUGGAGGUGUGCUGGCGGCGGAGCUUCCUACGGGGCGGCGCGGGGCGGCUGCCGUGGAGUACCUACCUGAGCGGCCGCCACCCCGGCUUCGGGCCGCUGGGCGCGGCGCUGCGCGCCAACCUGGCUGCGCAGUGGUGGGACUCCGCGCUGCCCGUGCGGGAGCAGGUGUUCCCCGUGGACGCCCCGCUGCACGGCCCGCCCGGCGCUCCGCGGGACCCGCAGGGGCUGCGCCUGCUGCACCCGGAGACGCUGCGCGAAGCCCUCCAGGGCUGUGGGCAGAACCCUGGCGGCCCGGCCCUGGAGGAAGUGCUGGGGGCCGCGGGGGUGCUGCGGGGGAGCCUCCUGCCCGGUAUUCUGGCGCAGUAUGUCAGCUGCCUGGAGCUGGUGAACAGAAGACUGCCCUGUGGCUUUGCACAAAUUGGAGUGUGCUUUCAUUCUGUUCCACAAAGUGAACAUUCUGUUCCAGAAAAAGAACACAACAAAAACCCUACAAGAAUAGGCGAGAGGACCACGUCUUUGCUUGCAUGGUUUAGUUCUCCCAGAACCGCAGGACAGUGGCUCGAUUACUGGCUACGCCAGAGGCUCCAGUGGUGGAGAAAGUUUGCUGUAGGCCCAUCUAACUUCAGCAGCAGUGACUUUCAGGAUGAAGAAGGCAGAAGAGGAUUUAAGAUAUAUUACCACUUUCCUUGGGGGACAGAAACAAUAGAAACAUUGAAGAACCUUGGUGAUACUGAACUGUUACAGCUCUAUCCAGGAGAGAGAUUAAAAUUACUUGGCCGAGAUGGAAGGAAGAAUGUCAUUCCUCAUGUUCUGUCUGUGAAUGGAAAUCUGGACAGAGGAGUGUUAGCAUAUCUCUUUGAUUCUCUACAGCUAGUUGGGAAUCCAUUACCAGCAAAGAAAAAUUCACAGAGAAAGGUACUUAAGCUUCAUCCUUGCUUAGCACCCCUCAAAGUGGCCUUGGAUGUAGGAAAAGGUCCAACAACAGAGCUGAGGCAGGUCUGUCAAGGAUUGUUCAAUGAACUGACAGAAAAUGGAAUUUCUGUAUGGCCAGGUUAUCUGGAAACUGUGCAUAUGUCUCUGGAACAUCUUUAUACAAAGUACGAUGAGAUGAGCAUUCCCUUCACAGUCUUGGUAAGUGACAGCACUCUGGAGAAUGGAGUGGUCCAGCUGAGAAGCAGAGACACCACCAUGAAGGAGAUGAUGCACAUUUCCAGGCUGAAGGACUUUUUAACUAAGUAUGUUACAUCAGCCAAAAAUGUGUAAACUUAUAUUUGUUGAAUAAAAGGAUUUUCUUAGA